UCUUCGUGGUGCCAUGGAGAAGAUCAAGCAAACCGUGGACCGUGCCCGGGCGGCCUUCAACACGGGCAAGACGCGCCCCUUGGCUUUCCGGAUCCAGCAGCUCAAGUCCCUGAAGAGGAUGCUGCAGGAGAGGGAGUCGGACAUCCUGAGAGCCCUAAAAGCCGAUCUCAACAAGAGUGAAUACAACGCAUAUAGCUUUGAGAUCAUGCAAGCCUUGGCAGAGGUUGACCAUAUGCUGGAGAAGCUUCCCGAAUGGGCAGCCCCUGAGCGAGUGGGCAAGACCAUCUUGACCCUGGCGGAUGAAACCUACAUCCACCGUGAGCCCCUGGGCGUUGUGCUGGUCAUCGGGACAUGGAACUACCCUUUCGCCCUGGUCAUCAGCCCUGUGAUUGGUGCCAUUGCAGCAGGCAACGCCGUUGUGAUGAAGCCGUCAGAAGUCAGCGAACACACCGCCAAGCUCUUUGAGGAGAUGAUCCCUAAAUACCUCGACAAUGAGCUGUACCCGGUCAUCAACGGGGGGAUUCCAGAGACGACGGAGCUGCUGAAGCAGAGGUUUGACCACAUCAUGUACACGGGAAGCAGCGGCGUGGGCAAAAUCAUCAUGGAGGCCGCGUCCAAGCACCUCACCCCCGUCACCCUGGAGCUGGGAGGGAAGAGCCCCUGUUACAUAGACAACGACUGCGAUCUCGAUGUAGCUUGUCGACGGAUCGCCUGGGGCAAAUACACCAACUGUGGCCAGACCUGCAUCGCGCCGGAUUACAUUUUGUGCCACCCAUCGAUCCAAGGGAAAGUCGUGGAGUCGCUUAAAAAGGCUUUAAAGGAAUUUUACGGGGACGAUAUAAAGAACUCCCCGGACUAUGAAAGGAUCGCCACUAAGCGGCAUUUGAAGCGCCUCAUGAGCCUCUUGGAGGGGCAGAAGAUCGCUCACGGAGGGAAAGGGGACGAAAACUCCCGCUUUAUGGAGCCCACCAUCCUGACGGACGUGGAUCCGAGCGCCAAGGUCAUGCAGGACGAGAUCUUCGGACCCAUUCUUCCCAUUGUCACCAUCCGGAGCCUGGACGAAGCCAUUAAGUUCAUCAACGAGCGGGAGAAACCCCUCGCUCUUUACGCCUUCUCCAAAGACAACAAGAUCAUCAAGCGCAUGAUUGCUGAAACAUCCAGUGGCGGAGUGACCGCCAAUGAUGUCCUGAUGCAUUUCUCUAUCCCAGGAUUGCCCUUCGGAGGUGUUGGGAACAGCGGGAUGGGGGCCUAUCAUGGCCACUACAGCUUUGACACCUUCUCCCACCGCCGGAGCUGCCUCAUCCGGGGUCUCAAGAUGGAGUCAAUGAACAACCUCCGCUACCCACCCGGCACCCCGAAGAAGCGGGAAUGGGCCAAGUUCUUCGUCACAACUCACUUCAGCAAGCGCAAGAUGGGGCUGGCGGCCAUUGCCAUUAUCGGGAUCUUGGUGGCCAUCGUGGUCAAGAACCGCCGGGCAUGGCUAGGUCUUAAGGCCCUCCUGGCUGCUUCGGCAGCUCAGAUAAUGUGGCGGCUUGGUAAGAGCUGAUGGGAUCCAUGUUCAAAGCCGGCUGGUGAUUGCAGGGAGUUUGCUCUCUGAAUCCGAGGCUUGUCUUAAACGGAAUCCACUAUUAAUGAAAGUUCUAGUUUGCUGGGACCGGUUUGGUUUUUUUCCUCCUCCUCCUGCUGCUGCUGCUAUAAUCCACUUGUAAGAGUUUUAUAGUUGUACGAUUAUAAAACCACUCAACACACACAAUGACAAGACAAGUAAAAGCAUCGCUACCCUCCAUUUUCCAAGUCAGAAAUUUCACUGCAGGCUGUAAUGGUGCCUAGGGUCGAAAGCGGACCUCUCCCCGCCUUGUUUUAAAUGGGCAGAGGAUUUAAAAUGGAGGGAUUUGCUUCUUUCCUACCCAGAAUACUUUGUUUGUGUGUCGGGGGAGAUUGAAUGUUAUACACCCUCCCCAGGAAACAUCUAAAGUAAACCUUUUUUAAGCAUGGUGCACCUUCUCUGGGUCCUAUUAUCCCCGGUCUGUUUGGCAUGGAGGGCUGGGGAUGAUGGGGACCCGUGUGGUUUCCAUCCCGGCUUUAGAAACGAGAGGUGUUCCUUUAGAAAGUAAUGGACUUCUGAGCCUGCAGUGUUUGGUUUGUCCUUCCAAAGUUUGUCCGUAAGUUUGUGAGUUUGUCUACUCUUUGAGUUUUCCAAGGUGCUGAAAGCCUCUUCCCAAACGGCUCCUCCAUCUUGGAGAGAGGGCCUGUCAAACAUUCCCAAAGCCUGACAUGGAUCCACAGCCCCACUGACUCGGCCUUCCGGAAGCGUGCGACUACACAUCCCAGAAUGCCUGGCUGGAGGAUUAUGGGGCUUCCAAUCAAACACACAGAGAGCACUUAGUUUCAGAAAACUCUCCCUUUGGGCUGAGCUUUAUAGUAACUCUUUUGGACUACCCCUUCUCAGGAUGCUGGGAGUUGGUGCUCCAAAAGAGUUACACUUGCUAUUUUGGCUUUUGAAGCCAGCUGACAUAUAUAGGUGCUGUUUUAGUAUUUAGAGCACAGUUUUGCGCCAGUUUACACAGAAGUAAUUCCCACCAUCUUCCAGUUACUCCAAAAUUUAAACUGGUACAGGAUUGCAGCCUGUGCCAAUUGCUUCUUUAAGAUAAUCCUCCUCUUCCAUGUAUGCAGGUGGCCACAUUCAGCCAUUAUACCCAAACCCUGGUUUGAGCAGAGCUUUGGCAAGAUUACUUCUUUGGGAUCACAACUCCCAGUAUCCCCCCUCAGCUGGGGAUUCUGGGAAUUGGACUCCCAAACCAAUGCCAAGGCUCUGCUUCCAUUGCUGUCAAGGAUUGCGUCGUUUAGUCUCUUGCUAAUUUUCUUCCUUUCCUUAAAACAAGAAGCAAUUCUCCUUCUGAUCUUUAUUUUUAUAUCUAUAUAUAUAUAACAAACACUUGUAUUGUUUAGAGUAGAAACUGACAUAUGGACAGAAUUGUUACUAAAAAUAUAUAUAUAUAUAAGAUUUUAUAUGGAAAAGAUUGUAUCUCUGUUUAAUAAAUACAGAUCUGCUCAAAACCUAUGUAACUGCAAAAUUGCACGUAUCGGGAAUAAUAAACGUGAUUAAUCGGUGAUCGAAA